AUGAAGUCUCUGCUGCAACCUCGCAUUACUCCACUGCUGCGAACCCAGAUCCGUCGUGCUUCCUCUGUUAAUCAACAGACUCUUGAUGUUGUGUAUCGAAAACUACUGGAGCGCGGUGAAUCCGACUCCUUCCAAGUCACAGAGGCGCAAUCGACGGCUGUGAAAAUGGCUACAUUGGGCUAUUCGGUGUUCCUCCACCUCCCUACAGGCGCUGGCAAGAGUUUAGCCUUCCAGGCACCAGCUCUGCUAGCUGCAGCUCAUAAAACGACCCUUGUGGUGUCUCCACUCAUUGCUCUGAUGCAUGAUCAAGUUGCAGCGUUAAAACGCAAGGGCGUCAACGCUAUUCAAGUAUCAGCAGACGAGAGGAACAAGUCGGUGCCCUUAACGCAGCUGCUCUCCGGUCAGAGACUCAUUUACACCACGCCAGAGUUUUUACAGAUGAACGCAGAGAUGAGGAAAUGGGUACAUGCAGCAGGAAAAGAGGGCAAACUGGCUCGGAUCGUGCUGGACGAAGCCCACUGUGUGCUGGAGUGGGGGAACACGUUCCGACCGUCGUAUCUACUGCUCAGCCAGUGGAAGAAUCAGCUCUUCAGUCAAGUUCCCAUCACUCUAGCGACAGCGUCAGUGUCGGACGAAGACAUCGCCAAGUUGGCCGACCUUUUCUAUCUGCAGUUAGUAGCUUUUGCGUCCGCUGAUGAAGGAGCAAGCGCGUCAAGACACAAGCAGAUGGUGCUGGUGCAACAAGUGACAGAUCGCCAGAAUCUGCGCAUGGAAGUUGUGAGGAAACGCGCACAGGCGGCUCAGUGGCUCGCGAAUCGUGUGGGGACGGAGCCUGCGAUUGUGUACUGCAUGACACGAAAGGAGGCGGAAGACACGUGUCUGGCACUCGUUCGCGCUGGAAGCCACGCGGGCGUUUAUCAUGGCGGGCUACCGCCCAAGAGGAGGGAGUUUGUACGCAAGCAGUGGAUGAUGGGCCAGCUGACGGCCAUCUGUGCCACCAGUGCGUUCGGCAUGGGGAUCGACCGACCGGACGUGCGCUUUGUGGUGCAUCACUCGAUCCCGCUGACACUUUCGGCGUAUUCGCAGCAAAUUGGACGAAGUGGCCGCGAUGGGAAGCCAUCCGAGUGCAUUUUGCUGUAUUCAGAGGCAGACAAGGGCCGUGCAGACGCUUUAACGACGGAAAGACGCGAUUUCGACGGCACUGGGUCUGGUCCAAUCUCCAACGGGAGCUCACGGGGCGAACUGGAAGAAGUUUCUGCCUUCUGUGAAAUGGCAUCGGGCUGUCGAAAGGAGCUGCUGUACUCUCAUUUCGGCUUCCGAUUCGAUACCAGACUCUGCGUCAAGAAUUGCAACUGCGGUGAGCCGCUAGAAACUGCGGAUGCGUUUGGGUAUGAAGAAGAGACUACUCAUGAACACAAGUUUAAUGAAAGAAAAUCGGACGGGGAAGAUGGCGUUUCAAAGAGCAGGAUUGAGUAUCAAUACCAGAAGGUCUUAGCCGAGUCCAGGCGGUUGAAGCUUCCGAAGCGAGAAGCUCUUUCACGUCGGCUUAUUCGGACUGAACCUGCGUCAAAAGAAGAGAUGGCGAGUAUGCGCGGUAUCGGACCUGCAAAAGCGUCGAGAUAUUUUUGCCUAUUCCGCUUCGGCUGA